CUCCGCAUCUGCGACCAUAACCUCGAGACGGCGACCGACUACCUCCUCGAGAACGACUGGGAAGAGCUCCAGAUGCACAACAACACACGUGGCGCCGAUCCGCAUGCGAACGGCCACGACGGAGCUGGCCAUGCGCAUGUCGAAGAUGACCUCGACGACGACGAAGGCGAAGGCGAUGACCAUGACGACGACGAAGACGACGAGGAUGAAGACGACGAGGACGAAGACAACAUGUACUACGAGUCGGGCGACGACGGCGAGGCCGGCUUUCGCCAUCGCCAGAUCCCGCCAUUGGCGAAGCGCGUCAAGAUCGCAACGUCGGCUGAUGGGUCCAGCACCGAGCGCUUCUGGGUCGCGUGCGACUCGGACACG